GCGUAAUGUUUCUUCACGAUUAGUUUGAAGUUUUCAAUGAUAACAGACAGACACGAACUUGUUAUUCCGCAUAAAGGAAAUACUUCUGCUAUUGAUACUUUUUGGUUUCAUUUCAUCUAAUAAGAUUCGUCGUAAUGAGAGUUUUAUUCUGAAGAAAAGAUGACAGCAGACAGCACUUACAACAACGAUCAAGUAAUUCUCGUAACAGGUGGUUACGAUCAUACCAUCAAAUUAUGGCAACCUCACACUGGAGUGUGUCAACGUACCGCAGAACACACAGACUCGCAAGUUAACGCAUUGGACAUUACUCCAAAAAAAUAUGGAGUUGCCGCCGCGGGAUAUCAGCAUAUAAGAAUGUACGACUUAGUCUCCAGUAAUCCGAAUCCAGUUAUUAAUUACGAAGGAAUAUCAAAGAACAUUACAGGCUUGGGUUUCCAGGAAGAUGGAAAAUGGAUGUAUACCGGUGGUGAAGAUUGUUCAGCUCGCAUCUGGGAUCUCCGGUCAAGUAGUUUUCAAUGUCAAAGGAUAUUUCAAGUAUCAGCUCCUGUAAAUUGCGUGUGUUUACAUCCUAAUCAAGCAGAACUUAUUGUCGGUGACCAAAGCGGUGUCAUACAUUUAUGGGAUCUACGUUCUGAUCAUAAUGAACAACUGAUACCAGAAGCCGAGGCAUCCGUGCAAGAUGUCACUAUCGAUCAAAGCGGUACAUACAUGGCAGCAGUCAAUAACAAAGGUCAUUGUUAUAUUUGGACGUUAACAGGUGGCGUCGGCGAGGAACCGACGCGCCUUAAUCCUCGUCAUAAGCUUCUGGCGCAUAAACGUUACGCUCUUCGAUGCAAAUUCAGUCCAGACUCCACACUUUUAGUGACCACAUCCGCUGAUCAGACUGCACGAGUUUGGAAAACAACAGAUUUUUCAGAAAUACAAGUGCUUCAGCACGAGGCAAAACGGUGGGUCUGGGACGCUGCGUUUAGCGCGGACUCGCAGUACAUAUUUACUGCUUCGUCCGAUGGCGUUGCCAGAUUGUGGAACGUAUCAACAGGAACUGUGGAACGAGAAUAUGUAGGCCAUACCAAAGCACUCACCGCUCUUGCAUUUCACGACGAAGUACUUUCUGUUUCUUAAACAGAACGUCCUUUAUUUAAAUUCACAAAUAAACCACUGUAUAUAUGUCGCAUAUACGUAAUGAUUUGACGACGGAGAAUAUCUCUGUCGUUAACAUACUAAUUAGUCAAUGACUGUGCAUCUAGGACGUAACAUGGUAUAUUCUAUUUCUCAAUUGUCUUUAUUUUAAUGUUAUUGCAUAUGAUGUAUCAUCGUGUUCUUACACAUUUUAUCACGUUUAAAUUCCAGUCUUAAAAUAGUUCUGCGUGUAAAGUCGAACAUGUAUAGAGAUCAAAAAAUUAUCUAUAAAAAUCUUCCGUUUUCCGAUGUGCUAAUAAACAACGAAAAUUACUUAGAAUGAUUUGAUAAAAACAAAAUGAAUCAGAACAAAGGUAACUCUUUGUUGUCCAGGAACGACUUCAGUAUUAUUAUGUAUAUUAAAAUUAUGUGUAUAUUCAU